AUGGCAAGUAUGAAGUUAAAGACGUUACAGCAUGCACUUGAAGAUAUUAAAACAUUUGAAAACCCAAAAAUUGAACUAGAACAAUAUACUACAUCGUCCCAUAUUGCAGCUUGUAUUCUACAUACAGCCCAAUUUGUAUAUAACGACAUUAGUGGUAAAUGUGUAGCUGAUUUAGGAUGUGGUUCAGGAGUGUUGGUUAUUGGUGCCGCUUUGUUAGGUGCCCAAUAUUGUGCAGGUUUUGAUACAGAUGCAUCUGCUAUUUCCCUGAGUGUGGAAAAUGCUGCUGAUCGUGAUGUCUUAGGCAAAUGUGAUUUUAUUUUAUGUGAUGUAAAAAAUAUUGAUAAAAACAUGCAACUUAAAGCAUUUGAUACUGUCAUAAUGAAUCCACCGUUUGGAACGAGAGAAAGGGGAGCCGAUGAAAUAUUCUUAAAAAUGGCUUUAAGUCUUGCUACUAAAGCUGUAUAUUCACUCCAUAAAACAAGCACGAGAAAACAUAUUAUAUCCAUGGCAAAAAAAUUGGGUGUAAAUGCCAAGGUUAUUGCAGAGUUAAGAUUUAAUCUACCAGCUUCUUAUAAGUUUUAUAGACAAGAUUCUGUUGACGUGAAAGUUGAUUUAAUACGUUUUUUACUACCAUUACCAGUUAAUAAUCUCUUAACUAAUUUUGUAUAA